UGGUGGGACGGUCUCGUGUCUCACAUGCCCGAGAAACAAGCGCGCCUCCAGCAUUCAGUGCGCGCGGCUCGAGACAGCAGUAGCUCCGCUCGGGAUCUCAUGUGGGAAAUAAAAGACGCUUUUAUACGCGGAUACGGAUUAAACUGUAAAGGGUUCCAGGUAUAGAAGGAGAAGGACACGACCUUUAAACUCUGAAGUGUCCCGGUGCCAGCUGGACAGGUCAACCCAACCGUAACGCCACAGGACAAUAGCAGCGAACCCGGAGACCUGAGACAGAUAUCGAAAAGCAAAUAGUCAAGCACAUAAGCUUCAGAAAAGCUUCUUGGGAAAAAAACAACAAGGAAAAAGCCUUUCAAAUUUCGAAGGAACGUUGCAAGAAAGAAAAAGGAAAAUCGAAUCGAGAGCAAAUAUACUGACUGCUGUUUGUGCCACUCUGUGGUGAAGAAAACAUCUCAUUUGGGAGAGAUUCUGGAUUACAAGAAAAGGAUUUCCCUAUAUAGAAAUGCUUGUUUGAAAACUGGUGACCACGAGUUACAAAUUAUAGCGAAGUCAAGCAGUUAACGUUGUCACUUAAACCUCCCAGACUGACACCUCAAUGUAUAAAUGUCUACAUGUUUAGGGAUCCUAUAAAUGGAUCCCUAAAAAUUCCCAUCGUCUAUAUCCUGCUAUGAUUCAGAAAGCUAAACCCUCAUAAAGCAACCGUUAGAUUUCUUUAACCAAGGCAUCUCUUUUGUACUUUACAUUUUUGUACUUUUUGUUUGGAUGCGACUUCCCAAAAAUGAAACCCUUAACCCCAAUUGGUUCGCCCUCUCCUCUCCGGCUCCUAAACAAGGGCCCCGAUUACCUGCGCAGGCAGAUGGACGCUGGAUGCAGGGGUCGAUCCAUCAGUGCCGUUGAACGACUAGAGGCCGACAAAGCUAAAUAUGUAAAGAGUCAACAAGUCAUCAAUACCAAACAAGAGCCUGUUUUAGUACCCUGUGCCACCCCUCCACCCCUGCCCCGUCGCAACUUCACCGUGUCCACACCCUCCACACCCGUUCUUUCUCCAAGAAGACAAACACUUCCCUCCUCUUCAUCGCAGCUCUCGGAGGACGACUCUAGGAAAGAGAAUUUUCAGUCCGAAGCUGAUGUGGAAGCACGCGAUCGCAACAAUGCAAACAAGCCCCCCACUCCUUCCCAAAGAACCCCGAUCUCUAAGCCGUUAGUCGCCCCGCACAGCGCUCCGAUGAUGCGAAGGAGCACCGGCAAACGAAUGCUGCGUCCCGACUCGCUGGUCAUCUACAGACAGAAGAAAGAAUGUAAGAGCCCCGGCAGCGGUGGUGGAAACGUCAACAUGGAGGCGAGGGGCUACAGCUUCGUCCGAAGGCUCUUCCAGGGAUCGAUGCGUGAGAAAAACACAGCGCACGAAACGGCUCAAAAGAUGGUGAUAAACGAAGAGAAGGCUGCUUCUUCUCGCGAUGGUGACUCACGGAUGUCCUGGUCCAACGACAAAGACACCGACGGCGGUAAUGAGACCAGAAGAUCGAGCAGAUCUGAUCGAGAGUCCUCGACGCCUCAAAUCGACAACACGGGCUUUCUAGAUAAACAAACGAAGAACAGCGUGCAUAACAGUUUACGAAACACCGUGGGUAAUUGUAACAAAAACGACAUGGACCCGUGGAAACCGAUCGUUUCUCGAAUGAGGUCAGAUUUAAAACGUUCAAAGUCGGACUUGCGUCUACGCUGCUCCCUGGCUGUGUCCGAGCAGGAGCGCUUCUUUGACUUUUGCGGAUUGGACCUAGAUAUGGUGGAGAGACUCGGACCGGAUAACUUUCUAACGGGGGCCAGUUCAGUGGACACUCUCUCUUUGCUCCUGAGGAGCGUCGGAGGCGGAUCAGAACCCAGCGAGUUUUCUCGGCACUCCGGGGAAGGACUUUUUCAGGAGGAGCUCACCGAGCAGAUACCCACAGGUGUGUCUAUUAUCGAGAGAAACGCACGUGUCAUUAAGUGGCUCUACGGUUGCAAGAAUGCAGCAGUCCAGGAAGGACCCAAAGAGUCCACGGUUUGAGUAUCAUACUAAUAAAAAAAGACUUUUAUUCUUCACUGUCGCCUGGAGUAACUGAUACCGAAAACCACACUUAUGACUGUAUUUAUUUGUAUUUAAGAGAUUUGUUUAGCGUUCGAAACCAGUACGAACCUGAAGCAUGUUUCACAUGUGAGCAUGCAUAUUGACAUUAUUUACACUGUGUGGUAUUACUAGUGAUGUCAUUUCCUGUUUUUUGUACACGAGUACGUCCUGUUACUUCUGUUGACUUCAAGAACAUCUCGGCUUAUAAUUUCAAAAUGAAAACCACUAAGCUUUUCUCCGGGGCCGGGAUACUAAUGCAUGAGUGCCAAAUGAACCAUGUGUACCUCAUUUCCCAAAUGUCCUGAUUUAGUUUGUGUGUUGCCUUUUUCCUUUAACGCAGGCGUUGGAACGAACACACAGAGACCCCCGUGGGGAUAUAAAUGCACUGAAUUGGAGAGAAAACGAGAAUGUGAGAGAGAGAAAGAGCAAUGUAUACUGCUCAAAUAACUUAUUUUUAACAUCAAGUGUAUGUGAAUGAACAUGCUGGGCAUUAAUGGCAACCUGUUUGAUUAACUGUGCCAAAGAAAUGACUAUGUACUUAACACUGGCUGUGUACCAAACCCUUAUGACCCACAUCACUGUCUGUUGUCUACAUAGGCAGCUACCUUCUUAGGCAGCAUCCUUACUUUAUAGCUAUCAACUUUACCACCAUGUUGGAUUACAUUUUUGAGCUUGUUGUAAUGCAUUGGGAUUGUCUUAUCAGUAAAAGAUACAUGCAAUCUUGCAUUAGUUUGGGAUAUAACUAGGGAUGCACCGAUAGGAUUUUUUUGGGCCGAUUCCGAUUUAAACAGACAACUUCUGGCCGAUGCCGAUACCGAUAUUAAACACUUGUAUACAAUACUAUACAGUUGGUCUAUUAGCUAGUUUAUUUCUGCAUCAAAUUAUUUUUACUGAACAUGGAUUUGAUCUAAUUAACAUUCAACUGACCAACAUAAUAAGAGAGGCACAAAUUAAAACAAAUAUAAUAAGACAGCAUGACAACCUUCAAAGGUGGUUUUUGCUAUUCAGCAUUUAUUUUAUUAACAACAUUAACUCAUUUUUUUUUUUACAUAUAAUGGAUUUCUUUAUGCAGUUAAUUAAUAAACAAUCGGUAUCGGCCUGUCUCGUGCUAUUGCCGAUAUGCCGAUGGUUUCAAAUUCAUCAAAAAUCGGCCGAUAAAUAUCGGUGGCCGAUACAUCGGUGCAUCACUAGAUAUAACCAAAUAUUCAAAACUGAUGGGGAUACAGAUACAACUGUGAGAAUCGUUCACUGAAAAAUAAUGAAUAAUCUGAAAAUGUGAUGCUGUCUAGGUAGGUAGCUCACUAUGAAGGGGCACACUUUUAUUUUGUAUUCUACUGAGAGUUACAAUGUCAAAUCAUCAAAUUCAUUACAGUGUUACUGCUUAAAUACCGUAGGUUUUACUUUGGUGAUAAAUUUCUGUUGUCUGCACAACCCUCGUGAGGAUAAACAUAUUUUUAUGCAGUUGAGAGUUUGUGUGGCUAAACAUUCUUCAGUAAGCACUUGAUGAUCACGGUUUUGUGUUACACCCACAAAAGUAAAUAAAUUAGAGGAAGCCAAAGAGAACUGAUGGGGGUCACGCAAUCCCAAUGUAGGAGACGGUGAUCUGUUCUCAAACUUAAGGAGACGUCUGACUCUUCCUCCCAUCUAAACACAUUCAUCAGACACUGAUUCUCCUUUAAAUCCCUCUGACUGGAGACAUUAAUCAAUCUCUAUCUCUUACCACUCACGUCAGGUCACAUGACAACCCGCAAAGAUGUGGAACUGUGAUAUCUUUCCUACAUUACUAAGGUGAUUUGUGGGUUACCUUCAUCUCUCUCUUGCAUGUUUAGAUUUAAAUCCAAAGAGAAUCCAAAUAAAGUCAUAUUU